AUGGUCAAAACUCCAACUCCUGUAGAUAUAGUAAUAUCACAAAGUGAAAUUGAAGACCUACGAAAAGCCUUUUUAAGUGAUUAUUCUUCAAAAAAUAGCGAUAGUGUUCAUCCAAAAGACUUAGAAAAAAUUAAAACUAAUGAUGAAUGGCUAAGAAGAUUUCUAUUGCACCAAGAAGGUAAUAAGGAAAAUGCUCUUAAUAUGAUGUGGACGGCAGUCACGUGGAGAAAAGAGCAAAAUGUUAAUGAAAUCAAUGAGAAUACCGUUAAAAUGGACGUUCUCUGUUCGGGUGGAUUUUUUAUUCAUGGCGCUGAUAUUGAUGACUGUAAAUUGUUGGUAUUUAAAUGUAACAAGCACACAAAGGGCGCUGUCGAUAUGGAUAUAUUAAAAAGAGGAAUUAUUUAUUGGUUUGAAAGAUUAGAAAGAUUAACAAAAGGAGAAAAGAUAACUAUAUUUUUCGACAUGGAGGGAUGUGGUCUUAGUAAUAUGGAUAUGGAAGUGACAAAGUACCUUAUAGAGCUGUUCAAAGAAUAUUAUCCCUAUUUUUUGAACUAUAUAUUAAUUUAUGAAAUGCCUUGGAUUCUAUCUGCUGCCUUUAAGAUAAUAAAAAGUUGGUUGCCUGAAAAAGCCGUAGAAAAAAUUAAAUUCGUCUCUAAGAAAGAUUUAACAAAUUAUGUACCUACUGAACAUAUUUUAAAAAGUUGGGGUGGCCCGAAUACGUAUGUAUUCAGUUUUAUCCCGGAAACGUUCCCAGAAAAAGAGAAAGAAAAGGUUCCGAUGAACAAUAAUGUAAACAACAAGAAGGUUCACUUUGUUGAUGGCUCAAUGUCAGAAGUAACUGCAAGCAGUAGUGGCGAUAAAGAAACUGAUGGCGGUUACCUUAAAGUUACCCCAUCAGGAAUUAUUACAUUCGUUAGAGAUGGAGCUGAACUUAUUAGUACCUUGGAGCUACAAAACACAGACGACAGCAUCCAUGUUUCAUAUAAGCUUAAAACAACAUCGCCAGAAAAAUUCCGAGUGAAACCCAGUACAGGAUGUUUGGCUCCUGGAGAGAGCGCUAAUGUUAAUGUAACACUUCUGCCAGGAUUUCAGCUAGGCGGACUAUCCAGAGAUAAAUUUCUCGUGAUGAGCACCCCCAUGGAAUCGAACGAAUUACAAGGUCUAGAUUUACCGGAAUUGUGGAAAAAUACAAGUGGCAGAAAAGUAUAUCAGCACCGCCUUAAGUGUAUUCAAAGUGGAGAGAUUACGAAAAACGGAAACGUUACAGUAUCCAAUGCAAAUGCAAGCGAACAUGACCAAAAUGUAUUUAAUAAAUUGUCUUCGUCUAUAUCCGAAAUUAAAAAUGCACAAAGCGACCUUAGAAAUGCUGUAAAAGUAACUCAGUAUAUUCAACUAGUGACCUUAUUUUUAGUUUUACUAAUCGGUUUUAUACUAGGUUAUAUGAUGCAAAACAAUGUCAGGGAAAUAUCUUCCGAUCAUUCCUACUGCAGGGAAAUGAACAAUCCAUAA